UUGUUGAUCAUCCAUCCGAAGUUUAUAGGAUACCUGAUACUCAUGAAUACAUCGAUGAGAGUCUGCCUCUUCGCCUAGUUCUGGAUAUCAACACGAGGCAAAAACCUGAUACCAUAAAUCCCAAACACCCUUUCUUAGAUGAAUAUAAAAUUUCUCGUAAAGAUUUAUUAUCCAAAAUCUUAAUUGCCUGUGCUGAUAUUUUAUACUUUGAUUUAAAACAUCUUGUAACUUUAAAUGCUUUCACUUUAGCCAGUUCAUCUAAUGCCGAUAAAUGCAGUUGGCAUAUUGUAUAUAAUUAUGCAUGUUUUGUUAACUACAGAGACCUUAGAGGAUUUGUAGAAAAAGUUGCUGAUAGG